UUGCGUUAGCGACAUACUACUUCACGCCGGAGCCGCGGGUAGCAGCGUUGCGGUCGGACCCGGCCGCUGCGCGGUACUCUGAGGAAAAGCUACCGCCAGGUGGACGCGCCGCCGCCGCCGCCGCAGCAGCAGCAUGGGGAAGGGCGACCCCAACAAGCCGCGGGGCAAGAUGUCCUCGUACGCCUUCUUCGUGCAGACCUGCCGGGAGGAGCACAAGAAGAAACACCCCGACUCCUCGGUCAACUUCGCCGAGUUCUCCAAGAAAUGUUCCGAGAGAUGGAAGACCAUGUCUGCCAAGGAAAAAUCCAAGUUUGAAGAUAUGGCAAAAAGUGACAAAGCUCGCUAUGACAGGGAGAUGAAGAAUUAUGUUCCUCCCAAAGGUGACAAGAAGGGAAAGAAAAAAGAUCCCAAUGCGCCUAAAAGGCCUCCAUCUGCCUUCUUCCUGUUUUGCUCCGAACAUCGCCCAAAGAUCAAGAGUGAGCACCCUGGCUUAUCCAUUGGCGAUACUGCCAAAAAAUUGGGUGAAAUGUGGUCUGAGCAGUCAGCCAAAGACAAACAGCCCUAUGAACAGAAAGCAGCUAAGCUAAAGGAGAAAUAUGAAAAGGAUAUUGCCGCAUACCGUGCCAAGGGCAAGAGUGAAGCGGGAAAGAAGGGCCCUGGCAGGCCAACAGGCUCCAAGAAGAAGAAUGAACCAGAAGAUGAGGAGGAAGAGGAAGAGGAGGAAGAGGAGGAAGAUGAGGAGGAAGAGGAUGAAGAUGAGGAAUGAAUGGCUGUCCUGUAACGAUGCGUGUGCAGUGUGCGUGUGUGCUCAGGCAGUGGUUUUGCUAAGAAUGUGAAUUCAAGUGCAGCUCAAUAUUAGCUUCAGUAUAAAAACUGUACAGAUGUUUGUAUAGCUGAUAAGAUUCUUUGUAGAGAAAAUACUUUUUUAAAAAUGCAGGUUGUAGCUUUUUGAGGGGCUACUACAUAGUUAGAUUUUAAAGCUUCUGAUGAAUGUUUCUGAAUAUUUAAUGGUUUCUUUAACUUCUUGACUUGUGUAUGGUAGCACAGCAAACUCAGAAAUUAGUAUCAGUAGUGAAUUUUGGGUUUUCUAGAAUGAGAAUGUUGCAUUCUGUUUUUUUUAAAAACUUUUUGUAAUAAAAUUAUGUAUAUUA